CAAUGGUUUCGAGUUUUUUUGUAUAAUCAUGAGAAAGAGAUUUCUCAACUUUUCAAUUCCCAAUUCGUUGAUCUUAUAUAAGGAACUGGUAUGGUAGAUGCCUCUCACACACACAUACACACAGGGAGAGAUGGAAAAGUCCCCGCUUUUGAUCGCGAUGAAGGGCCAUCCAGGCACCGGCAAGUCGACGUUAGCGUGCUCCAUAGCGGCAGCCCUCAGAUGCCCGUACCUCGACAAAGACGAUGUGCGCGACCAGACACGUCCCAUAGAGAAAGCCCUCGAAAUCUGUCAAUCUAACAACAACAAACACGAUGACCAAGACGCCUAUGCCACAGAUCUACUUAACGAUGUAUCGUACUCCGUGCUAUGGAGUAUAGCAGAGACCCAAUUGAAGAUGGGGCUUAGUGUGGUCAUUGAUUGCCCACUUGCACGUGCCAAACUCUUUGAAAGAGUGCUAGAAUUGGCCUCAAAAUAUGGGGCCCGGCUUCUAGUGAUAGAGUGCAGGCCAAAGGAUGAGAGAGAGUGGAGGAGGAGGUUGGAGGAGAGAGGAAGCGGAGGAGAGGGAUCAUGGCACAAGCCUUGCACGUGGGAAAGGUUAGAGAGAUUGAUUAAGGGGUAUGAUGGGUGUUGGGAGUAUGGCACGUGUGGGGUUCCUAAGCUUGUGGUUGAUACUACUGCAAAGGUGGAGAGGAGUGAGCUGAUCUUGGGGGUCUUAAACUGGAUAGCCUUGCCCAUCUCUCUUUCUUCUCCUUCUCCUUCUCAUUUCCCUUGGAAGGGGAUUUAAUUAAGGGGUGUGGUUUGUAUAGACAUGAGGCAUCAAACAAUCGAAGUAAGGCGCACCUUUAAAUAGUGUCAUAAUGUAUUUUUCGGUAUCGAAAAUUUUUGUAAGGGCUUGAAACUUUAUUUUCAUAUAUAAUUAUAAAAUUUCAAGUUUA